GAUGUCGCUCCUUUGACAAAUCCACCGUUUAUGGAAAACGGUGUCGUCCUCGUUAAGGGUACCACGAAACUCGUCGUUAACCACUAAAAAGCAAGGGACCUCACAAGGGCGUUUCCGUAAAUUCAAAACAUCCCCUUAAAAAACGAUUACGCAGAUGGAGAGAGAGUCAUCAACACCACAACUUUUCACGACGACGGUGAAGAAGAAGAAGAAGAGGAAGAAACUCUUUAUCAUCAUCUCUAUGUGUCUAAUGGCGUUAUCCGACGCGGUUCUCGGUAACCUCGCGACGAUCUACGUGGCGGUGAUCAUAGCGAUCAAGGUCUACGGUUUGGUCUCCGGCCAGAGCUUCAGCGCGGGGUUCGUCGUCGUCGUCUCGAUCACGACGGUCGGAGUUCUGCUCGCGGUUACGCUCGCCUGGGACGUGUCUCGCAGAGCCGCCGACGCGGUUUCUCGUUACAAUCGCGUCGUUGCCGCCGGCGAGGAUCUCAGCCACCGUCACAAUCACGACGGUGGUGGUGGAAUUUGUAAAGGAGGGAUUUGCUGGCACGGCGUUGCGGUUCGGUCGCCGGCUUCUCAGGUUCGGUUUAGGCUUCCGCAACAUAUACCGUACGGAGCUUUCUGAGUACAUAAUAACAUGUGUGUGUAGAUAGACAUAAAGGAUAAUGUUUCUGUAUAAUAGAUGAUAUUGGCGUGAAUUUUAAGAGUUUUGUUUUUUUGUAUUGAUAUGUUGUAAUGUUUUAUAGAGAUGAUUAUAAUGUUCUUGUUUUUUUGAUAAUAUCGAUUUUGAGCAAUAAAAUUGAGAGUUUUUUUUUGUG